GCAGCGACGUCUUCCGCAGCGUCUUCAGUUUCCCCCCAGUGCGCUGAGUGGUUAGAUGCCCUUAGAAUCCUCGCGCGGAUUUCUUGCACUGAAUCGCAACCUCGCACGGCUCUCUCUCCGAAGGAAGCGCUGUUGCCUAGGCACGCACCUCGGGCCACCAUUCAAUCCACUGGCUCAUUUAACCCUGCGUGAUCUCGUGCCGACGCAUCUGCUUCGCAUUCUCCUCUCAAUUCAGUCCCAAUCUACCCUCCAGAAGACUCAACGACUGAAUUAUUUAAUUUCCUAGCCCAUCAGCCAUGGCCGGAUCCAGCUUUCUCUCCCAGACGCUCCAGUCUAUCACCACCACUAAGAUGCAGGAGCAGGACAAGCGUCGAAAGACAUUCGAGACACGCAAGGCUAAGCUCGUUGAGUCUGCAGAAGCCUCAGCUGAUGACCGUACCAAGCUCGCCAUCCUACUCUCAGGAUUUCGCGACCUCUCCUCCAGCAACAAGGGCGUCUGGUACGUGGAUGAGGACCGCAAGAACUUGGUUCAGAAUGUGGGCCGGUAUCUAGAACAGUCUAGUCGCGAUCCUUCAAUGUCCUCUGCGGUUCUGCGCCAAUUCGAGAGAGAUAUGCACCAGAAGCUGGGCCAAGAGAGCCAACGGUUCAGCUUCGCCGACCUGUACUAUCGACUGUUGUCGGAAUGGACUGACGCGAAGAGUGCACCCAUUGUCGAAUCGGAGCGCAAAGAAGAGGAUCUGGAUGGAUCCUUCGAGUAUAUUCAGAAGUACACACUGCAAAACCUGAAGGAUAAGUUCAGCAGCGUCGUCUUCACCCCCCUGGAGACGGAUGAGGUCAAGAUCGACGCGUAUCUCAGUUCCUUGUUUGACGACGAUUAUGCGACAGAGCUAUUGGAUUCCAUGCGUAAGCAAAUUGCUGACUUUGGCCUCCACCUCAAACAACGUGCAACCCCAUUCGACCGUGAGACUUUGAGGAGCUGCAUCAAAGCUCUCCUGACGAACGAUCUGCUCAACGACGAUGCCAAGAUGACCCUAUCCGAGUUCUCAACCAACGAGGACGUUCUCGAUGAAAUUGCGGAUGUGCUGAAUCUCCGCUUUUCCGACCUAGACAAUUGGUCUUGGGAGGCCGAUGAUGGGUUGUUUUACGAGCCACGUCAGCAAACCAACGGCAAAUAUCGGAUCAUGAUGGACCAAGACAUCCUUCAGGCUAUCUUCCUCCAUUAUAUCGCGGUCUGCUGGUGUGCUGAGUUCAAGAACGGCUUCAUGCUCCUGACGCUCGACAAGAAAUUUUGGGUCGGCCCGAACGAGCUGACAGACGAUGAGAGAGGCCGCCAUUUCUUCUUCACCGGCUCCUACCCUUACUCUACAAGCGGGAUGGCCCAUGAGGAGAUGAAUGCCUUCCACCGGACAUUCAUGUGUUCUUCGCUGCCUAGUUCGUUGACGGAUGAGUCGGAUCCGUAUGGCGAGGACAGCGAUCCGAACGAUGAAACCAGCACAGGGCUUGGCAUCCGUCAAAUGCUCCUUCGACAGGUCGCCACAAAUGUUAUCAUCCGUCAAGCAUUGCAUGGCGACGUCGCCGUCGUCCAAUCCGACCUCCAAUGGUAUGCGACUGGUCUUCCGCAUGCGACGCUGUUUGCUGUCCUUCGGUUCUGGGGCGUGCCCGAAGAUUGGAUCACAUUUUUCAAGAAGUUCGCUGAAGCGCCCCUACGCAUGGAUCCAAUUCCAGGGCAAGACGUACGAGUUCGAAAGCGGGGUAUCCCGAUCACCGAUGCUUUCGAGAAGCUGUUUGGCGAAUGCGUUCUGUUCGGCAUGGAUGUGGCCGUCAAUCGGCUCUCUGAAAUGACUCUCAUCAGAUUCCAUGAUGAUCUUUGGCUCUGUGGCGAACCUUCCAAGUGUGCUAGUGCAUGGCAGACCAUCGAAGGAUUCGUGAAAUUGCAUGGCCUCGAUAUCAACACCAGUAAAACUGGCUCCGUCUACAUUUCGACCACUGACCGCAAUGUCGAGAUCGCGGGCAAGUUUCCCAAAGGCCCGGUCUGCAUGGGCAUGCUUCAGCUGACAGAAUCCGGCGACUGGACUAUUGACCAAAAGCAAGUGUCGGCCCACGUUCAACAGCUUAAGAAGCAGCUCGGCCAGUGCAAGAGCAUCAUUUCCUGGACCCAGACCUGGAAUGCUUGUAUGGGCAAAUUUUUCCAGAACACGUUCGGCAAGCCGGCCAACUGCUUCGGCCAAGCACAUGUUGACGCCAUUCUGAAUACCUUUGCGGACAUGCAACGUGAGCUCUUCGAAUCCCACAAGGGCAGCGUCACGGAGUAUCUUCGGGAGCAGAUACUAAAUCGUUUCGGCGUGGAAGACAUUCCGGACUCAUUCUUCUUUCUGCCUGAGGAGUUCGGCGGGCUCGGGCUACAAAAUCCCUUCAUCCCAUUCUACGUCUUGAAGGACCAGCUGAUGAAGGACCCCACCGACCGGAUCGCUGAAUUCCUGAAAGAAGAGAAGGCGGUUUAUAAGACUGGGCUGGAGGCUUUCAAUGCACUUUCUGAUUCCGAGAAGCAGCGCCGCUUCACCAAGGCCUUCGACGGCAAUGCGAAAUACAACUUCGUACUCGACGAACCUUUCUACGACUUCGAAGAGUACACGUCUCAGCGCGAAAUGUACUCAGGCGCGCUUCAGCGGGCCUACCAGGAUCUCAUGCGCAAGCCCUCCAGCCAUGAUAUUAGACUCACCAAUGGGAUCAAGCCCUGGUUCGACGAAUUGAAACAGUCCCAUGCUAUGGGCUGGAACGAUCUGAGCAGCGAGAACAAAUGGAUCAUGCAUCUGUACGCCGAAGAGCUGCGGCAGCGGUUCGGUGCGCUGAGCAUCGUCGACAGGAAUCUGCUUCCGAGCGGAGUCAUGAAGAUGUUGAAGAGGAAGAAGGUUGUGUGGCAAUUGAUCAUUUGGGAUUAGACAUUGACAGUACGAUAUAUGCGGAGCCUCGACGCAUGUGGGUCUUCUUCCCUCCUUCUAAGCCCUGUAUCUAAAGCAACUCGAGCCAAUAGGCGAAUGCAUCGACCUCUAACCACCUCGCGACGCAAAAGCAGAUGUCCUUAAUUACUCCACUGGUCGCCGUAGCGUACGUUCCAGACUCAAGCAAACCC